AGGGCGUGGCCAGUGGCCACCAGCCUAUAUAACGCAAGAGUUUCCAAUGCCAUCCUCGUACAAUCUGCAGCUUGCUUUCAUGUGACUGUCAUCGACGACGACGACAUAAAUGGCGUCGCUCGCCGUUCUCAUUGCCCUCGUCGGCGCGAUGCUGGCCUCCGGCGCCGCCGGCGUCCGCGUCGAGCUCACGCGCGUCCACUCCCGCCCAGGCGUCACCGCGUCCCAGUUCGUCCGCGACGCCCUGCGCCGCGACAUGCACCGUCACAAAGCCCGGGAGCUCGCCGCGUCUCGCGGCGGCGGCGCCACGGUGUCCGCGCCGACCAGGAAGGACUCGCCCGGCGGCCCGGAGUACCUGAUGACGCUGGCCAUCGGCACGCCGCCGCUGUCGUACCCGGCCAGCUUCGACACGGCCAGCGACCUCAUCUGGACGCAGUGCGCGCCCUGCGGCGGCCGGUGCUUCCCGCAGCCGACGCCGCUGUACAACCCGGCGGGCUCCGCCACGUUCCGCGUGAGCGACUGCGGUGGGUCGCUGUGCCCGUACAACAUAUCGUACGGCACCGGCUGGACGUCGGGCUUCCGGGCGACCGAGACGUUCACGUUCGGCUCGUCGCCGGCCUGCCAGGCCCGCGUCCCCGGCAUCACCUUCAGGUGCAGCAACGCCAGCAGCAGCAGCGACUUCAACGGCUCCUCGGGGCUCGUCGGGCUGGGCAGGGGGCCCCUGUCGCUCGUCUCGCAGCUUGCCGCCGGCAGGUUCUCCUACUGCCUCACGCCGUUCCAGGACGCCAACAGCACCAGCACGCUCCUCCUCGGGGAGUCGGCCGCGUUCAGCGGCGCCGGCGUCCGCUCCACGCCGUUCGUCGCCAGCCCGUCCAGGCUUCCCAUGAGGGUGUUCUACUAUCUCAACCUGACCGGCAUAUCCCUCGGCACGAAGGUUCUAUCCAUCGCCCCAGACGCCUUCUCCCUGAAGGCCGACGGCACCGGCGGGAUCAUCAUCGACUCGGACACGACGAUCACAUCACUUGACGACGCGGUGUACCAGCAGAUCCGCGCCGCCGUCCUCGCGCUGGUGACGCUGCCCAACACAAAUGGGUCGGCAGCGAUGGGGCUCGACCUGUGCUUCGCGCUACCGUCCCCGAUGUCGGCGCCGCCGGCCAUGCCGAGCAUGACGCUCCACUUCGAGGGCGCGGACAUGGUGCUCCCCGCGGACAGCUACAUGAUCUCCGACUCCGGCUUGUGGUGCCUGGCCAUGCAGAACCAGACCUACGGCGUGGCGAACAUUCUCGGCGUCUACCAGCAGCAGAACAUGCACAUCCUCUUCGAUGUCAGGAAGGAGACAUUGUCGUUUGCUCCGGCCAAGUGCAGCACGCUCUGAACAGAGGUUCACACACACGCAACCUGUCGAAUAAACUUCCCAAUUAAAGAUACAUAGCAUUUGCCUAAAAGGAAGUGGCAGUGCUAAGUAUAUUUCCCUUGUGACAGUCUAGUUGUCGUUUGAUCAUUUGAUGUUUGCGCUUCGGAUCCGUGUGGUCUUGAUGGUGUCAUAUACUUGUGUGUGAAGGUGUUCUCCUUUGAGGUCAGUCUACUUUAUUCUUCGUUUCGAAAUGUAUGACAGAGGCUCUUGCCCUUCGUUUCGAAAGAUAAAGCGAAAAUUCUUAUGA